UAAGGACGUCGCCGCCCCGUUGCAGUCAAUGGUUUUCUCCUUCCAUGUGUACCGCAAGAGCGCGCCCAAUGGCAAGGUGUCGGUGUAUGUAGGUCGACGGGACUACACCGACCACCUCACUCACGUCGACCCGAUCAAUGGCAUGGUAUGGCUGGACCGCGACUACGUGCGCGAGCGGCGGGUGUUCGCGCAGGUGGUCAUGACGUACCGCUACGGCCGGGAGGAGGACGAGGUGAUGGGACUCACCUUCGCCAAGGAGCUCGUCAUCGCCUCGGCUCAGGUGUACCCCCCCGCGCCCGCCGCCGCGCCCCUCACCUCUCUGCAGGUCCGUCUCCAGAAGAAACUGGGCACGAAUGCGUUCCCGUUUCACCUGGAGAUGCCCAAGAAUGCCCCGGCGUCUGUCACUCUGCAGCCUGGUAAGGACGAGACAGGACGCCCGUGCGGAGUGCACUGGGAGCUGCGCGUGUAUGUGGGAGACAGCACGGAGGAACAGCCUCACCGCCGUUCCUGCGUCAGGCUCCUCAUCAGGCGUCUCCAGUAUGCACCAGCAAAGCAAGGGCGACAACCCGUGGCGUCUUGUGCUAAGGAAUUCCUCCUGUCUCCGGGAAAACUGCAUCUUCAGGUCACUCUCGACAGGCAGAUCUACUACCACGAGGAGGGCGUGGGGAUCGGCGUGGGCGUGACCAACAACUCCAACAAGCAGGUGAAGCGGGUGAAGGUGAGCGUCGUGCAGCUGUGCGACGUCUCGCUGGGUCCCUCGGGCCAGAUCAGGAACACCGUGGCCAGCAUCGAGACGCAGGAGGGGUGCCCCAUCGUCCCCGGCGCGACGCUGGCCAAGACCUUCAGCCUGAAGCCGAAGCUCGAGUACAACCGGGACAAGCGCGGCGUGGCCAUCGAGGGUCGGCUGAAGUCUGAGGAGACGUGCCUCGCAUCGUCCACGCUAUUCACUAGCCUGGACCAGCGUCAGCAGUUCGGCAUCGUGGUGUCCUACGUGGCCCGAGUGAAGCUGAUCCUUGGCACUCUCGGGGGGGAGCUGGUGGCCGAGGUGCCAUUUACGCUCAUGAACCCCCCCGCGGAGGAGGCGCUGACGCAGGCUGGCGGCCGCGUGGCUCACCGCGAGCAGGACCUGGAGGAGUCGACCCGCCUGGUGAUCGAGGAGUGUCGCAGGAUGUCGGUGUCGGAUCAGUUCGAUACCCAGAAGUCGGUCGAGUCGCAGAAGUCGGUUGAUUCGCUCGAUGCCGGACCCGGGUCGGUGUUCGGGCCGCUGACGGAACCGACAGCGAAACCGAACGGCGCUAUUGGAAAGGAGGAGAGGGCGAAGAAAAACGAGUGAAGAAGAUUGUGAGGGAAGGAGGGAGAGGAUGCGAAGGAGAGAAGACAAGAAAGGAAAGCAAAACGUUGGAAGAUGGAACCAAACGAUUAAAAAAAUCACAAGAAAAAAAAAAUCUUGAAGCCGAUAACUUCAGUUCGUCGAUCAACAUGAACGUUUUGUCUACAAUGAUAAUAAUAGAUUAAAAAAAAAAAAAAAAAAAAAAAACGAAACAAGAACGACUGAAAAAGUCAAUCUUAAUCAUCACUUUAACUUCCUACAAGGGAAGGUUCUAAGAUUAGAGCGCGAAAAAUUAAUGCAGUCUAAUUUAAGGGAAAUUCAGUUAAUCCAAGAUCUAAUAAUCUCGGUUCCGAUUGAGGACGAGUCACCGAGAAUACCUGAUAACCACUCGAUUUAUGGCUAUAAUUCAUGGCAAAUGUUCUUUCAUGUCGUGAUUUUUUAAAAAAUUGGAAUAUCAAUAUUUUUUGCGAUCAUAAAUAUGUCCUUGGUGUUUGUAUGUAUUUUUUGUGCUUAUGAUUUUUUCUUUUUAUUAUUGCAAUUUUAAUGAUGACAGAAGGAAAUAAGGUCAAAGCAUAUUUUGUAGAAAGGCGAGAUUAUAGGUUUGAAUGCCACAUUAUAAUGAACUUAUAAUGAACCUAUUGCCUUUUCUAAUAAACGUGUAUUGUUUAUUCAUUUAUUUAUUCAUUCAUUUAAUUUAACCUCCACGAUGUAGAAUUGUCGCCAUUAAUUUUAUAUGGCGAUUAAAUUCCAUAUAUAACAGCAAAUAUAUGAUACUAAGAAACAAGCAUUGGUUCAAGUGGCUGUCAACAUUCCAUUUACGGACCUCGUGUAUAGUGCGGACUUUGCUUCAGGGACGUAUCUGUAAAACAUUUCAUCUACGGUGGAUUUUUCGUUGUUGUUGUGCUCUUUGUUUAUCCCCCUAUUUUUCCCUUCUCACCUUAAUUGUAGCAGACAUAGCAAUACUGGAAGCAAAUAAAGGAAUAUGAUAGCGCAUCUUUUCUACAGGAUAAAGUUGGACGUUGGAUAAUCAAAAUGGGAUCCGCUACCUUUAAUUAUUUUAAACCGUCUGAUACUUCAAAUAUCAGUAAUUUAUCAUCAUAUAAAACCCUAGAAUAAAUACCAGUGUUAAAAAUCCUACAUCUUUAUUUCCAAAAAUAUACGAUUUAGCACGAAUCAUAUUAGGAAAAACCUGAACCCUACCCCAGGAAGUCUAACUUUUAAGAUCUCCUGUUCAAUAAAAAGUCAUAAUUUGUUUUAAGACAAUUUUAAUUUUCAUUUUAGACCCGUAAUUGAGGGAUUUAAAUCCAAAGAAUCAUAUUGCUCCGUCUGCCCACAUACUGUCAUCAUUCCCAAAAUUAUUUGUGAGGAUUUCCUUUAAAUAUUUCUGCGUCAUGUCAGUCAGUGGUAAGAAUGUGAACAGAAUGCCACGCUGUCAU